CCCCACUCUCCGACUCUCGAGCUCUCCGUCGAUUCUCACCGUCUUUCUUCACAAUACUCACCGGCAUCUGGAAAUCAUCAGCUCUGUCACAAAAUCGAUCUAGCAGAGGACAUAACAAUUUAAAUAUUUUCUUUCAAAGGUUAGUCCAAGCGACAAGAUUUCUUAGGGCUUCGUUUUAUUAUACGAAAUAUAAAUUGUGAAUGUUUUGUGUAUCACACAUGUUGUGUGUUGUUGUCUGAUUCAUUUUGUGUAUCACACAUGUUCUCUGUUGCUGCUUGAUUCAUGCUGGAUUUGGAUUAUUGUUUCAACGGUUCUCAAUAAGGGUAGCAGAUAAUGUUGGACAAGUCAUGGGUUAAUUUCUGCAGAACUGAUCCGGCAUAUGAGAAUGGUGCUACGAAAUUUGUUAAUGAGGUUACUGCUGGUUUACGAGGAUCUAAAAUGGUUAUAUGUCCAUGUUCAGUUUGUCGCAAUGUAGAUCGUCAUUUAGGCAGUGAAGUAGUAUAUCAUCUAGUAACAAGAGGAAUGGAUGAGGAUUAUAAGACACGGAGGGAUUGGUAUCAUCAUGGAGAAGUGAAUUCAGGGGAUGCAGUAGAAAGCAAAGUAAAGCAGUGGAAUGAUGAGGUUUUAGGGUUAUACAGAGCUGCUGAAUACUUAGAUGAAGAGUUGGCUAUUAAGGGUAGUAAGGGUAGCUUAGUUGAUUAUGCUCAUGGUGAGGAACAGGACAAGGAAGAAGAUGAGUUCCUUGCAAAGCUAGCUGAUGCUGAGACUCCUUUAUACCCUAGUUGUGCAAAACAUAGCAAGCUGUCUGCGAUAGUUACAUUGUAUAGGAUAAAGACAAAGAAUGGGUGGUCAGACAAAAGCUUCAACGAUCUUCUGGAGAGUUUACCAGCCAUGUUACCAGAGGACAAUGUUCUACAUACAUCAAUGUAUGAUGUGAAGAAGUUUCUGAAAUCUUUUGAUAUGGGGUAUCAAAAAAUUCAUGCUUGUAUUAAUGACUGUUGUCUAUUCAGGAAGAAGUACAAGAAGCUUGAUGUCUAUCCCAAAUGCAAAGCUUCUAGAUGGAAGACAAACAUGCACACUGGUCAGAUAAAGAUAGGUGUUCCAUAGAAAGUUCUAAGGUACUUUCCACUUAUACCACGCUUGAAAAGAAUGUUUUGGUCUGAGCAACAAGCCAAGGACCUAAGGUGGCACUUCAGUAACAAGAGUAGUGAUGGAAAAAUGCGUCGCCCUGUAGAUUCUGUGACUUGGGAGCAAGUCAAUGCCAUAUACCCUGAGUUUGCUGCUGAAGAAAGGAACAUAAGACUUGGUCUUUCUACUGAUGGUUAAGUAUAGUUGUUGGCCAGUAUUGUUAGUUAAUUAUAUUAUGGCUCCAGACUUGUGUAUGAAGAAGGAAAAUGUGAUGCUUACCUUGUUGAUUCCUGGGCCGCAACAACCUGGUAAUAGCAUUGAUGUUUACUUAGAACCCCUGAUAGAGGAUCUUAACCAUUUGUGGAGCAAUGGAGAGGUAACUUUCAACCA